CUUUGGGUUUCUGGGUGGUGAGGGUGUUUAUAGUUUAGAAAAUUAGACCUCUGAGCCUUAAUUCCUACUCACAGUUAACGUGGAAAAUUGAAAAAUUUUUAGUGAAACAAUGUGAUGUAUUAAUUAAAAACCCGAGCUUUGGAGGUAGGCCAGGUCUUAAACCCCAAAGCUGCUAUUUACUGGUUGUGUGACCUUGGGCGAUUCAUUUAAUUAACUCUUUAAAUCUCAGUUUUUUCUAUAGAAUGAAAUAGAGUUCUGUGGGAUGCUGAUUCAUGCCAGGCACUCUUCUAAGUACUGAGAAUACAACAGUUAACAAGAGAGUUAAGGUUUCUGCUCUUAUAAAGUUUGUAUUUUAGAUGCAAGAAGGUAGAAAAAAAAAUUAAAAAUUUAAAAAUUUUUCAUACUGGUAAAUGCUAUAGAGAAAAUAUAGUUGGUUAGAUGAUAGUAACUUAGAGAUGGCGUGGCUACUCUAGGAUGGUUUAGAAAGAUAUCUCUAUAGACAUUGCAUUUGAGCUAAGAUCCUAAAGAGACAAACAUACAGAGUAGAGUCUUCCAGGAAGAGGGAUUCAAUAAGCAGAAUGAACUGGCACUUUUCAAGAACUAAAGGAUCAGGUAGGAGGAGCACAGUGAAUGAGCAGUAAGUAGUAUGGUACUAGAUGUGGUUUGAGAGGUGCACAGCAUUAUAUGGAGCCUAUAGACCAUGGUGUAGAUUGUUUACGCUUCAUAUGAUUGAAUGCCUGGAAAGUUUUGAACAGAGGAGUAACAAGAUAGGGUUUAUAUUUUUAUAGGAUCACUCUGGCUGUUGUUAGGAGAAAAAAAAAAAAACCUGUAAGAGAUGAAUCUGUGAGGCCAGUUAGGAGGGUGUUGUAGUAGUCCAGUUGAAAGAUGAUGAUGGCUUGAACUCUGGGUGGAGGAGCUAAAAAGUGGUUAGAUUAGAUACAAUGUUUGAUGAUAGAGCCAACAGGAUUUGCUAAGGAAUGUAGGAUGUGAGAGAGGAGUUAAUUAUGAUUUUCAAACUGCACAAUUGUGUGACUUGUGUUAUUUAUUGACUGGUAAAUACUGGGAGAAGUGCAGAUUUAGAAGGGGAAAUUAAGAGUUCUGUUAUGAAUGCGUUAAGUUUGAGAUGCCUGUUAGACAUUCUGGUAGGGAUGUGAAAUGUGCAGUUGUUUAUAUGCAUGUGGAGAUCAAGGGAGUCACCAGUGAAUACAUAGCAUUGAAAGCCAUGACUCUGAGUGAGAUCACUUAGGAGAUGACUGUAGGUAGAAAGGCUGGAGGCUGAGCUGUGAGUGCACCAAAACUUAGUAUAUGAAAGAGAAGCAAGUGAAGCAAAACAGAUGAGAAGGAGUGGCCAGUGCUGGCAAAACAGACUGAGAAGAAGUGGCCAAUGCUGUACUUUAACCAAAGCCAAGUGAAGAAUGUGGAAGUGAGCAAGUGUGAAAGGAGGGUAAGAUGAGGACUGAGAUUUGUGUUUUGGGUUUGGCAAUGUGGAGGUUAUUGGUGACUUGGUUAAGUGGGGAUCCCAUGGAGUGAAGAUGUAAGCCUGAUUGGAGCCAAUAGAGUAUGGGAGAGAAGGAAGUGUAGACAACAACUAUAGACAGUUUUUGCAAGGAAUUUUUCUAUACUAUCCAGAGGAAAGGGGCUAUAUCUGGAGGGGGAUGUGGGGGCUAUAUCUGGUGGGGGAUGUGAAGCAAAACAGAUGAGGAUGGGUUUAUUUAUGAUGGCAGAUUUUAUGACAUUUUUGUAUCCUGAUGGGAUUGUUCCAAGUAGAGAAGAAAAAAACGGAUAAUUCAUUAGAGAAAGAGGAUAAUUACGCAAGCAAGUCCUUGUGUAGACUAGAGGGAUGCCCAAGUGGAGGAAUUGAUCUUGGAAAUAGUAAUAAUUUCUCUAUAGUAAUAAAGGCAGCGUAUAGGGCUACAACUGCAAGUAAAUUGGAAGAUUCGUUGUUGAGAAGAUGUGGAACUUCUCUUUUAACUGCUAUUUGCUCAAUGAAAUAAGCGGGGUCAUCAGUGAAGAGAAAGAGUAGAGAAAAGUUUGAGACUAGAAGGUAGGAUGUGAAAUCAUAAUACAAGAUAACUACUCAACUUAAAUAGUACUAACUUUGUACCACAUACUAUUUUAGAUGCCUUACAUUUAUUAACUCCUUUAAUUCUCAUAACACUAAAAGGUAGAUACUUUCAGUACCCCUGUUUUUCUGAGGAACACUGUCUUAGUCCAUUUGGGCUACUAUAACAAAUUACCUUAGACUAGGUGGUGUAUAAACUACAGAAAUUCAUUUCUCACAGUUCUGAUACUGGGAAGUCCAAAAUCAAGGUGCUGGCAGAUUCAAUGUCUGUUACAGAACCAUUCAUAGAACUGUGAUUUCUUCUUGAGUCAGAUCUGAUGUGCUUGGUUUGAAGAAACGGAUUCAUUUCUUGAUGGGAAGAAAAAUCUUGUUUAGCUUUUCACUUAUUUUUUUAUGUAUGGGAUUUUCAUUAACUUUGGACCAGAUACUUGCCAGGAAGAAUGUAAGCUCUCGAACAUCUUUAAGUAAAGAAGUGGUUAUAAAGAGUGAUCACCAGAAUAAUGGAGAUAUGAAAACAGUGCAGAAUUUCACAACAAUUCCAAUUGCUCAGGCCCUCCACUAUAAUCGGAGAGGACAAGAGCAUUUAGAGAAAGAAACUUGGAAUGCAUUCAGCCAUCAUAGCCUGGUUAAUGUCUCCAUGGAUGGAAACCCCUGUAUUCUCUUCUGGGCCAAAAGAAUAACAAUUAAAUUUAAGAACCAGAUCUGGCUGGACUUUACAGAUGAAGCUUUUGGCCGUAAGGCUACAGUGGAUGCUCGUAAUUCAAAUUGCAGUGAAGAAAGUGCCACGUUGUCUCUGAAGUUAGAUGAUGCUGAAAAUCCCAAAGGUCUUGAUAUAAGAUUCACCCUUACCAAUUACAACAAGUUGUCCAUGCAGAGCUGGUUUAGUUUGCACCAAGUUGAGAUUAUUUUUAAUAAUUCAGUCCAAGCAACUUUUAAUGCAACUGGCAUAUAUGCUCCAUCAAGUUAUUCCUACCACUGCCAACGUGUCAGCAGCCUGCCGCAGUACAAUGCCCUCUUGUUGCCCAGUGACAUGGAUGAUCUGUCAAGCCUGUGGGAGAUCACUUUUGUUGAUUUCCAGAUCCAAGGCUUUACCAUCAAGGGGAAACAAUUUGCCAAGGCCCGAGACUGUGCCUCUUCCUUCUCACCAGCCAUUCUGAUUGGCUUGGCCAUGUCGCUCAUCCUGUUGCUAGUUCUGGCUUAUGCCUUGCACAUGCUCAUCUACCUGCGGUAUCUGGACCGGCACUAUGAUUUCAUCGCCUCUCCAGCCCACUUCCCCCAGCUGAAAGUUCAAGAUGCAGCAGAAGAGAAGGAGCUGCUGAGGAGCCAGGGAGUUGAAUGCUAUGAACUGAGAAGCCAACAGAUCUGCAAAAUGUAUGUGUAGCAGCACAGGCCCCUCUCCCUCAUGAAGUCCACAGCAGCCUCUGAAAGGAGUUGUUUCUAUUCUGUGCUGUUUGACUUGUGAUGCAAGGUUUUUACUAAAUGGCUUGAUUUUUAAAAAGAGGAGGUACAUGCAUAAAAAUACAUUUUGAUUCACCUACUUAGAUAGACUUGGGGCAAUGAAAAAGGAAUUCUCACCAAGGAAAUCCUACCAAGAUAAAUAUGACCAUUAUUACCCCAAAGCUACCUUGAAGGCAAAAGGGAUGUUUCAAGUUAGGUAGACCAAAAACUAACUAACUAACUAAAUAAUAAAUAUGCAUUAUAAAGAAGGGAAAACACACUUGGUCCAUUCUUCCUUUGCCAGUUUGCACGUGAUAAGUAUAGAAAUAAUAAAUACAAGGCUAUCUGGAAGUUCCAAAUUUAAAACACUUUGUAACAUAGUUUGCAUUUUUCAGAAAUUAGGUCAUAAUUUUGUUUUAUAAAAAUAAUCUUUUCUCAUGCAGAACUGUUUAGGGGAUACUUCUGUCAAUAUAGUAGAACACGUCAUUCAAAGGUUUUCUUGUCAUUUGCUAUUCAGAGGCAGCCCAUUUAAUCUGGGAAGUAGGAGUGAUAAUCUUGAUAGUAUCUUACCUUUCUCUUCUGGUUGCAGUGCCAAGUUUUGUCUUAUUUGUAUGAUUUAGACCUCUGUUAGCUCUCCGAGGUACCACUUGAAAUAAACAACUGAGAUAAGUAAGAACAGUGUGCUAUGCAAACACAGCUUCAAGGCAAAUCCCUUAAACCCCCUUCUAAUGAGAUAGUGUCCCCUAAACUCUUCUAAGUAGAAAUUCUGGAAACACCACUAAUCUUACCACCACUUUCUUCAAUAUAGAUUGUCUCAUAAUCUUUUUCAGUUCUUAGCAGAUACUGAAGAUUGGCUCACUCUGCAUCCUCACCAAAGCUUUUCUAACACACUUUCUGUGUUAGAUCUUAAGUGUAAAAAGUACAUUGCAUUUCCCUAAUUAGAAUUCCUCACAUGACCUUGGUUCUACUAAGAAGCUACUCCUGCGCAAAACUUAGAAUGAAGAUAGAAAUGAUGUGUGGCAGGUGGACAUGCACAGAGAAAUUGGAUCUUGGACCAUCUUGGAUGCCAAGUAGCAAAUGACAAUGACUAUGGGAUUUCUGAUAGAACAGUCUCAUGUUGGACAUUUCUUCUGGCUGCAUUAUUCUUGGCUGUGAAUGUAGGUUUAGUUCCAGCCCUCUCAGAAUCCUGUAAGCUCCUUAAAACUAUAGUGAAUUCCUUUCUGUUUUAAUACUUGGAUUAGAUUCUGUAUUCUACAACUAAGUCUUGAUUUAUGUACUUAUUAGUACCAAAGAUGAUUGUAGGGAACAGAUCUUCAAAAAGAUGGGAAUCUAGGAUUGAUUAUCUGACUCUGGUGUAAAACCAGUGGGGAUUCUAUUAGCAUUAGAGAAUGGGAAACUGAUAGCCCACAUCAUCCCAUAAUGAAACAGAUUUUCUCUCUGGUUGCCUUGACUGUCCAUUAGUGGUAUAAAUCGCUGCUGUGAUAGGUACAUGAAGGGUAAACAUAAUUUAUUAUUCAAAUAGGGACACUUUUGAAAGCAAAAGGGAGUGUCAGUGAUUCCAAGAUAACAGACGUAAACAGGAUGAUGCUAUACAAACUGGGAUAUAUAGUCUCCCCAGAUAUGGGUGAUGCUCUGUAAAAUAGUCUGGCUCUUUCUCUUUGGGCUAGAGGGCUUACAGAAAGAAAAUAAUAGCUCAAGAUCUUAAAAUCGCAGCUUAAGGCAUGGUUAAAGAUCUGGAGAGUUUCUGUGACAGAUCUCCAAGGUUCUCUUAACUCUUGUUAAAAGACUGACAUAACUAAAAAUCAGACCCAGAUCUGAUCCUGCAAAUUGGUAAACUGCAUUGCAGGUGGAAUUCAUAGCAUUGCCUGAUCUCUUAUAUGUACAUGAGAGCAUUGAUUAUAAAAGAGAGUAACCUUGAAAUAGGAAUAGUAACUUUGGGGUAAAUUUAGGUGACUUUAAGGAUGUUGAACCCCCAAACCCCACUAAGUAUUUUUUGUAGCAGAAGCAACCCCUGAAAGAGGAAUCUGUUUCUGUCCUGCUUACAAACCCUGUGAUGACCGCACCACCAGUGCUUGUCAGUUUUCCUUAAUGCCUCUAGGCAAGUAGAAUCACAUUCUGGCAUAUCCCAAGGAACCAAUUUCAAAGUCAAGUCUGGGAGAAUAAAAUUCGAAGGUUUUGCUAAUUUAUGCAGCAAAAGACAUGGGGCAAUAUAUGUGAGAAUGGAUUCUGGAGGUACUAACUCAGUGAGGUGUAUAAUUUUAGGUUGGGCUGAAUUUUUUUAGUUGGUUUUUCAUAUUAGAUUUUGGAUUAAAUGUGCUGGUUUGAGCAGCUGGGAGUAUUUUUAACAGUUUUCUCGGUUGAUUAAAAUUUGGACUUAACAGUGGCAUACACUAAAUGAAGCAGAGAUAGCAGAAUUCCCCUGAUAUAACGUAGAGAAAGGAAAAUUUAAUAACUUAGAGAAUUGGGAUGUAGGAAUGGAUUUAUCAUGUAUGACCUGUUCUCCCUCUCGAUAACUAUUUUCCUUUGUGAAGGCCCAGAGGAUACUCCUUUUGUCAUAGCACUACCCAAUACAUUGGGAACAUAACAUCAGCAUUUUUGAAAAGUGCUCUAGUGCCUGCCCUCUAGGCUGUGGUUGAAGGUAGAUGCUAUCUUCGAACUGGAAUCUUUAGUCUAAAGAGGGAUGCUGGAGCAGCAGAAGUCAAGUAGCAACACAGUAGCCUCAAAGGGCUGAGGAGCAGGAGUGUUAAUCAGAUUAGAUUGUGUUUGUUAAUGGAAGUGAUUUAUGACAGAUGUGGCUGGGCAGGGCACUGACAUACUCAUUCAUCAUCAUCAUCAAUGUCACCUUUAUCAUUAUCAUUUGGUUCUGGUUUUAAAAGACCUUAGCCGAACCAUCUUAGUGGAUUUUCAGAGCUACGACUGUUUGUAACUCAGAUCCCUUGAAUAAAAAGAGAUCUCUUAAAAAA